AUGACUCAUGAAAGAACUAUGAUCAACUGCCCAGGAUGUGCUCGGCAUGGUAAAGCACAUCAUAAAAGUGAAGAUCCUAACCUCGUUGUGGUGUCGAACACUUUCGAAUUGUUUGGUUUAUUUGAGGAAUGGCUAAAGAUGAAAGAGAACGAGACAUUUCCAAAGUCGUCAGAUGCUACGUACGAAAGAGCAUUUCCGGAAAUACAUAUAUUUACCUCUGUCAUCAACACGAGGGAAAGGCAUUUGAACGGGCUUGACAUGGUGCAUGUCACUGCGUGCUUUGGACACUAUGGCCACGCAAUAAGCAUGGCAGCUCUGCCCUUAUCAAAUGAGGAUGAAGAUGUGGUCAAAAAUCUGAUCGAGGCAGGAGUGUCGGCGCGAACAGGCGUCAGGGGAGGCUCUGAUCUCUCACGAAGACGGAAAAGAAAUCGUCGACACAAGGACGCAAUAAGCUAUUACACACAUGCAACGCAAAAAUAUGAAUACUGCUGGACCGUACGCGGCCCUCGAAGAGAAAGCAUAUGUCAAGCAACCAUAGACUAUUCUGAUUGCAGCCGCGACGAUGGCAUGAAUUCGCAUUGUGAGCGGUGCGGCGUGUGUUCUUACACGGUCCACUGCAACUGUUACGACGCGUCGCAAGCAGGCGUGUCCUGCGUUGAUGUCCAUGCUGUGAAAACCUUUAGAGCUCGCUCACAGCGUCUAAGACAGCACUUAUCCGCCUUACCAGCUGUGAAAGAGCCGCUGAGAGAGAAUAGCAACAACAUUGAGAACAACAAUGCUGUGGCGACCGAAAUUCAUUCAAACGUCUUCUACCCGGCACCGGCAGUAAAAGAAUGCGAUAAAAUUAAAGAAGCGCUGCAAGAAGCCGAAGGGCUAAAAAAUCAAUUUGGAGAGUUGGCAAAGGCGUACGCAAAAUCAAACCGUCUUGAUUUGAUAAAUCAGAUGAACGAAUUCAUGAAGAACGGGCUGGGAGAAAUGCCCCAAGAAGCGCUUGAAAACCGUUUCGUGAGUAGGGCAGUGAUGCAGACCACCGGGGCUGGUACCGCGCCGUCUCGUAUACAACCGCAGUAUAAAAGUAGGGCGCAAUUAAGACUGGAGAAGAAAAAGAAACAUUAUCCUUACAACUACACAGACGAAGACUUUGAAUGA